GAGUCUGGGUAAACGGGUGUCAAGAUGAGAUCGACAAUUUGUCUGCUCGUGUUUGGUACAGCGUUGCUGCUGUCUGUUUCUGUCGCCGACACCUCCAAAUGUCUGGAUUCGAGAGUGGACGGGCAAUCCACAGAUGACGGAUUCGGAGAUCUCUUGACCGAAUGGUGUGACAAAGUCGAUGAUAACGACGUUGAUGAUGACGACGACUGUCCCUCCUACAAUGGGAUACAGAAACGGUCUGCUGACUAUGGGUACAACGUCCCCAACAUCUUCAGCGGCUAUGGUUCUAACGUACUUGCAUCCAGAGGCAGCCUCGGCGGCUACAGCAAGUCUUACGGCGGAGGCUACAAUAGGUUCCAGUCUUCUUAUAAUGUUCCCAAGCCAGUCUACCAAAAGUCAUUCCACGAAGGUAAAUGGGAGCUGGACAACAAACACAUGAUCAAGAACUACUACAAGAAAGGUACCUACCAGGUGGCCAAGAAGUUCUUCAUCGCUCUGCCAUUCGUCAAGAUCAUUCCCGUGAAGACUACAACGUCUGUCGACUACGUUGGCUACCUGCAGACCUACGACGGCUACAAGGUGAGGCUGUGCGAGCAUUGUAACAGCGGGCGUCCACAGAUCGAAUUCCAGUCGCUGAGCAGACCACACCGCAACGUCAUCCGUCGUUUCAAGUUCCUUCCCCAAACCAAGAGGUCAAGGACAGAGUACGGCCACGCUAAGAUCGUCCAGACAGGUCCAGGUCAGGUCAGCAAUGGAAACAGUUAUGGCGGAAGUUACGGCAGCCUUGACGGAUUUGGACAUCACUAAGGGAGAUCACUCUCAUUCCCUUACACCCAUACGUUGGAUUUGCCUAGAAUCUCUAGUCAAUACAGCCAUGGUUGAUAUGCGAAUAAAAGUAUAUUGAUCAUUAGAUUGUUUAUAUAUUUGAUUGCAGUGAAAAUCCACGUAAUGGUUUAGUUGGUACUAUACUAGACUUCACGAACGGAAGUCGGGGAUGUCAGUAGAAUAUUCAAUAUUGAUGAAAAUUAGUUUUCAUGAAAUCAGUCAGUUUAUGAAUGAUCACUGUUGUCUAUGGAAUAGUGCCAACUAACUCUUUUUCUGGAAAAAAAAAUAGUUUGUAAACAUUUGAAAGACACUUAGAAGUCACUAGACAGGCAAACUGCCAUCUACAAAUAUGCCUGGGAGGUUCAAAAGCAAACCCAUGUGUAUCUAUCGAUCUAAAUAAAAAUGAUUAGAUCUA